AUGGUCUGGGGAUAUCAUGCGGCAGAGCCCAACUCUUACCUCGUCAUUACUGGCGCAGGUGUGAGGGGACUCAAGCUCACGAAGAAGGCAAUGGUCUUCCCUUUCCAGAAGGUUACCAAGAUCUCAGUCACCCCCUUCCAUUUCACCACCGAUCUACAGGCCAUGACAUCCGAAAAGCUGCAGGUCUGUCUGCCAGCCGUCUUUACAAUCGGGCCAAAGGAUGAGGAAGAAUCUCUCAGGAAGUAUGCCGGUUUGAUGACCGACAGCGCGGCAGAUACCGUAGUCGCUGGUCGCGAGCACAUUCAAGCCAUCAUCAUGGGUAUUGUCGAAGGCGAAACUCGUUCAAUCGUCUCGAACAUCACCAUGAAGGAACUUUUCGAGAAGCGCACCCUCUACAGGAAGAUGGUCGUCGACCACGUUCAGUCCGAGCUCACCCAGUUUGGUCUGCACAUCUACAACGCUAGUAUCAAAGAGCUCCGCGACCUACCUGGAUCGCACUACUUUGAAUUCCAAUCCAAGAAGGCACACGAGGGAGCGCAGAACCAAGCCAAGGUCGAUGUAGCACAUGCUCGCAUGGAGGGUGAGAUCGGAGAGGCUUUGAACGUCGGUCGCACCAAGCAAGAGAUUGCCAAAAUCAACGCCAACACCGCCGUCCAAGAGACCGAGCGUAAAAUAGAGAAGGCUAUUGCGGACUCAAAGUUCAAGUCACAGGAGAUUGACAUUGAGCGAAAGCUCAACAUUGAGCGCAUCCAAGCCGAACGCGCCGCUGAGUUGAGAGACUCCGAUCUCCAGAAGGGUGUUCAAGAGAGCAAAGCCCUGAUGGAGCUUGAGCGCAUGAGAGCCACAACUGUCACCAAGGCCAGAGUCGCCAAAGAAUCCGCUGCCCAGGAAGCCGACGCCCAGCUAUACAAAGCCCGACAGGCUGCCGAAGCCAGCGCUUACCAACAGUCCAAGACAGCCGAUCUCGAGCUAUACACCGCAGAGAAGCAGGCUGAAGGCCAUUUCCAAAGGAAGAAGCGCGAGACCGACGCCAAACACGAACGCGAGGCUGCUGGAAUCAUACAGCUUGCUGGCGCCUACAAGGAGCUUGGCAAUGUCUUGGGUGGUCCAGCUGGUGUGAGAGACUGGAUGAUGCUCCAGAACAAUAUCCCUGUUCAGCUUGCCCAGGCAAACGCAGAGGCAGUCAGAGGUCUUCAACCCAAGAUCAACGUGUGGAACACCGGUUCGCAGGAUGGUGGAGCAGAUUCUUUCGCUCCUAUCAGAAACAUUAUGCAAAGUCUUCCUCCCCUCUUCUCGACAAUCCAGGAUCAGACUGGCAUGAUGCCUCCAGCCUGGUUGGCUCAGAUGCCAGCCAACGCCACAGGUGGUCAUGGAAGAAACGACUCAGCUCAUGAAUUCCCGCUUGCUGUCGAAAAGCACAAGGGUAUCAAUGGCGCCUAG